GACCGGCACCAGGCCUGCCAAAGGUGCUUUAUUUUGGCGAGUGCCAGCCCUACGACGUCCUCGUCCUCGAGCUGCUUGGCCCCAGUCUGGAGCGAGUUUUCAACUCCUGCAGCCGCCGCUUUAGCCUCCGCACUACGACGCACAUUGCCGUGCAGAUUCUCGAGAUUAUCCGCUACAUUCACUCGCAGAAGAUCAUCUUCUGCAACGUCAAGCCGGAGAACUUCUGUCUGGGGCGGCCGAACUCUCCUAAAGCUAACCAGGUGCACCUCAUUGGCUUCACACAUGCGCGCCCCUUUGUGACCGAACAACUGGAACACAUCUCAAAGAGAAGCUCCCAGCGGACUCCCAACAGCGAGGGCGAUAAUUACGGACAUCAACAACAACUACGUCAGCAGGAGCAGCAGCAGGAGCAGCUGGAAAAGAAGGUAGAAAAGGACAAUUUUAGCUCAAAUCCAUCAAUGCCAUUGCAGCAGCAGCCGCCGCCGACGCGGCCGUCUUCGCCCUCAAAGGGCGCCGUCUUUGGCACACCGCGGUACAUGUCCUUAAAUGCACACAAGGGAAAG